AUUAAUUAAAGUUGGCGUUUGCGUAAUUCGUUGCACUUCUCCAGCAUCUAGAAAGUAGGUCAGUCAUUUCGGUAAAGUGAGUCUCUUCUGUACGGCAAUUCCCUAUCUCAUCUACCAUGGAUCUGCGUCACACUAUGCUUUCAUGUCUGGUACUAGCCAUGGCUGUUACAUUCAGUUCUGCUGCUCUAAAAUGUCACGAGUGUAACACCAAGGAUAACCCAGAUGGUGGAUGCGAGGUUACCUAUGCUGCUCAAGACAACACGUUUCUGAAAACAUGUCCUCCUGAAUCUAAUGUAUGUAUGAAGACUGUGGCAACAGGCACCUCCAUUUCAAACCAUGCUACCAGUGAAGAGACUCGUCAACAGGUUCCAUCUGCCCAUUCUACAAUUGUGUCCCGAUUCUGCGGCCAUGUCGACGAUAAUGAUUUAAAAUUAUGUUAUGGAAAAGAGGCUGCUGCUGGAUACAGUACCCAGUGUUAUUGCCGUACAGAUGGAUGUAAUGGUUCUGGCAAUGUUCAGUUCACACUUGCUGCUAUAGUCUCAAGUCUCAUUGUUGCCUUCUACAUGCGUGUUUAAUGAAAUAGAAAUUAGGACAAUUUUAUCAAAUUUAAUUUCAACCCAAUCCUUUCAGGACUUUGGUAGCUAACAAUUUCCAAGCAUAAUGGAUAUUUAGAAAAGUUCAGUACAAUACCGGUAUUAGAAACUUAAUAUAUACAGUGUAUUGUUUUAUUGUGAGACCAGUUUUUCAUACAUUCCCAAUAUAACAAUUCAACUAUAAUGGAUUGAAUUAAAGAAAUAUCAAAAAGGGUAAAUCAAAAGAAAAAUUUCAUACUUUAAAGGAUUAAACAAUUUAAGAAGCUCCAUAUUCCAGAAGCUAUAUGGGUAUACUAUCUAUGCAGUUAAAUAAUCACCCAAAUCUUGUAUUAUAGUCCCUAUACCUUCUCAAGGAGAUUGACUUAAUGUGGACUUUGAACUCAGAUAU